UAACAAUAAAAAUAACAUGACACCUUAAAAAAAAAAAAGCGAGAUAAUAUAACACCUCUUUCCUAACCCCUCCCUCUCUCUCAAUCUUGGGCCCCUCUCCUCUCGAGUCUCGGCGGCAGCAUAGAGCAGCGCGGGAGGGAGAAUCAUAACCGCUUGGAAUGGUCAGAAGGAACUAUAUGUAUUGCGCAUAACAUGUUUGACAAUAUUCCUCAAUCAAUUUGUCCUCUUAUUCAUGAACUCAUCAGUUUUUAUUAACAUCAUUGUACCGGUCGAACUUCGUACAAGUUUGGUGUCGAAGUGUAUUAUGUCUUGUAGCUUUAAACAUGGCUAUUGGAACGACAAAACUUUGGACAUCAUUAUAUUUUUCUUAUGGUCUCCUGCAAUUUCGUUCAGUGCACUCAGUCUCUUCAAUGCAAAUGAUCCUCCAAGAGAGAAUCAAAGAAGUAGUGAAAGCGAAAACCUAUGAGAAAAUUCCUGAUCUCCUCACAUCCUUUGAUCAAGCUCGCCAAAACCCGAAUCCUUUUUCUUUUCUUUCUACCUUUUCCCAGAUGUCUAGGACACAAGUAAUUGAUGAAAUUUUGCAGUCAUUUAUUCCCCUUAGACCUCGCUCCAGGCCCCAAGUUGCUUAUGCUUGCCUCCUUUCCUACACUCUAGAAAACCCCAAUCCUCUUCCUCUGUCCCUUGUUGUCCUCCAACGAACUCUUCGUUCUGGUUGUGUCCCUGUCCCCCAAACCCACCUUGCUCUUUCCUCUGUAUGGCUGAAACACUACCACCAUGAAGCUCACUCCAUCCAGGACAUCUUAAAGGAGAUGAAGUCAAUUGGGUACAAUCCUGACUGUGGUACUUGCAACUACCUCAUAUCAUCUCUAUGUGCUGUUGAUCAGUUAACCGAGGGAGUUAAAGUCUUAAAGGGCAUGGCUGGCGCAGGAUGUAUUCCUGAUUCGGAGAGUUAUGACACAGUAAUAAAAGCAAUGUGCAACGGCAGAAAGACCUCUGAGGCACUAGACAUGAUUAAGCAAAUGGUCCAGAAAGUUGGAUUAACUCCAAGGCAGGGGACACUAGUAAAAAUAGCAGCAGCAUUGCGAGCAAACAGAGAGAUGUGGAGAGCAGUCGAAAUGAUCGAGUUUUUGGAGAAAGAGGGUCAUGUCAUUGGGUUUGAGAGCUAUGAGUUGGUGGUUGAAGGAUGUCUAGAGCGUGGUGAGUAUAUUUUGGCAGGGAAGGUGGUGGUAGGAAUGACAAAUAAAGGGUUUCUACCGUAUAUUGGGGUGAGACAGAAGCUUGUUGAAAGGUUGGCAGGUAUCGGUGAAUGGAAGCUUGCUUGUGAUGUGCGGCAAAGGUUUGCAGAAUUGCAGUCUUAGCUUUUUGUUUGAAUUUUUUGAUUCGGUCCAUGGAAUGGUCGCUUGAUUUAGUAGUGGGGGCAUGGCAAUUAGCAUAAACAUGUAAACGAAGCUUCAGUUGGAUUGGGCGUUGUUAAUGCUCUUUUUGUAUAUAUAAACUAUUAGAUAUUUAUGUUUAGAAUUGUUUGACUAA